AUCUUCAGCAAAAAAGAAUAAAAUGUCGAAAAAUCUGAGUGGAAAAGUGGCUGUUAUAACUGCGUCAACAGAGGGAAUUGGCUUGGCGAUUGCUAAGAGAUUAGCUUCCGAUGGAGCGUCCGUUGUGAUUAGCAGCAGAAAAUUGAGAAAUGUAAGCAAAGCCGUUGAUUUGCUGAAAAGCAUGGGCUACACACAGGUGCACGGAUUUAAAUGUCAUGUUGGUGUCGAUGAAGAUCGUAAAAAGGUAAUCCGUGAAACGAUUUCGCUCUUUGGCCGUAUCGAUAUAUUGGUUUCGAAUGCUGCAGUUAAUCCAUUUUUGGGGAGAAUAUUGGAGUGUCCGGAAAAAUUGUGGAAUAAAAUUUUCGACACAAACGUAACAGCGCCGUUUAUGUUGGUGAAAGAGGUAGCUCCCUUAAUGAAAAAAACUGGAGGUGGAUCCAUCAUUUUCAUAUCAUCAGUAGCUGCAUAUAAUCCAAUGAAAAAAAUCGGACCAUAUUCUGUGAGCAAAACUGCUCUGAUUGGAUUGACAAAAGUGCUGAGCCAAAGUUUAGUCCAAGAUGGAAUCAGGGUAAAUUCGAUUGCUCCUGGGGUCGUUGAAACAAAAUCCUCAAGAAAAGUCAUUGCAGCAAACAAUAAUUUGUUAGGCGAUAUACCAAUGGGAAGAGUCGCUGCACCGGAAGAGAUUGCAUCGGUUGUUUCGUUCUUGGUAUCAGAAGAUGCAUCCUAUAUUACUGGUGAAACUAUUCCAGUUGCCGGAGGAAUGGUUUCCCAUUUAUAAGGUAUGUUAUUGCGAGACAAAUGAUUUCAUAUGUCUUCUCGACUGUACAGCAAAAUUUUUGUCAGAUCAGAGAAUUAAGUUUU